AUAUUCUCUGGUGUAGUUUAAGGAAGCUAAUUUGGUAAGAUUUAGGAAAGAUGAUCAAUCUAUUUAUAAACGCAUUGGUUUAACCUUUACCGAGAAUGUAGUACAUACAAUAUGUGUGUAUGUAUUAGAGUCUGGACAAUAUGUUUUGAAAUAAAUUUAUUUUUAAACCAAUCCAAAAAUUUAGAAGAAUGUUGUAAUGUUAAAUUAUUAUAAACUAGCAUAAAUUAAUUAGGGUUCAACGAUCACGAUAGUACAUUUUCCGAAAAUAUUUGAAGCAGGUGGAGAAUAAAAUUGAAUCUAGAAAGGUAUUGUUUAGAGUUUGGAUUUUGGACUACAUAUACAUAUAUACAACCGUUUGUAUCAAGCACAAGUUGUAAAGAGAUUGAUGAGAUAUCAUUUUAAUAAAGCCAAUUCUCUUCUAUGUAUAUUUGUAACAUCGUAGGAUUAAAUCGUGUCACGUGACUGCUAGUACCUUGGGAAAUUUUCGGACAGUAAUUUUAGUUUGUUGCAAACCCGCGUCGUGAUCGUUUUGUCAAGAUUUCUCAUAAUUAACACACCUUAAUUGAUUCAUUAUAGACAGAUUUUGUAUACUUAGAUCAUUGAAAAUAAACUAAAUAAAUAUGAAUCAUGUACAUGGAUGAGGAAAAUUCAACAAUUACGAAGAUACCUAUAAGGUCUAUCAUGGAAGAAAAAGAUGAAGGAUAUGCGAGAGGUUCAGAUACCUCGGAAACUAUGUUCAGAACAAAACAGUGGGAUGAUAGAUGUAUACCUUCAGAAGGGUACGAUCCUCCAGGGGCCUCAAAUUGUGAUCAAGAAGAGGACGAAUUUGCAAAUAUUGAUUGUUUUGAACACCAUAUCUAUAAAUCUGACAGCUGUUUCUGCCAGCAUCGUCCAUUAGGUUACACUGAAAUGAUUGGCCUUAGAGGAAGCGUGCCGAAUCUCUGUUCAACUACAAGUAUGACUCAGAUGGGGAGUUACUCACCGUUUUGUUCUGCAUUUUAUAAUAUGAGCCUAUGUGCAAAAAAUCAUAAUUGUCAAGAAAAUACUAAAGAACACAAAGGGAACCAAAGCAACCAGUCUUUUGACGCAGGAACCAAAAGACCUUUCAGAAACAGAAUAGAUUGUGAACAAAGACUUAGGUCACAAACAGACCUUUUCUUAAGAAGGAAAGAAUCCUUUAACUGUUGUUCAUUACAAUAUUUUCAAAUUUCACGAAAAUGGAAAGAGUAUCUAGUAAAAACUCAGGAACGUUUAAGGAAGUUAGAAGAUGAACGUGCAGCCUUACGAAUGGAAGUAUCAGUUUUAUCGGAGCAAGUGGAAGCACAGUCCAAUAAAAUUCAAGAAUUGGAAACUAUGCUUAGAGAAAAGAAAGAUUCUCUUAGAAGAAUGGAAGAAGUGUUACAGAAAGAAAUGCUUUCGCGAAGUGCUCUGGAAACACAAAAAUUGGAGUUACUGAGCUCCUUAUCAGAAAUGAAGCUGAGACAAGCUAGUUUAGAACAUGAAAAUCUUGCACUUCGCAGUACAAGUCCUGUCUUAAACGGAGAGAAAUUCGGAAGGCAUACCAGCCAAUAUAGUAGUCUCCCUAGGCCCCUGAGUUCUUCAAAGAAAGGCGUAGUGUUCGGUAAGGUUCCCAGUUUAGCUUCUGGAACACACACAACAGUACCAUUGGCCAUUAGAGGAGCCUCCGCGAGAUGUCUGUCUGCGCCUACUCUAGGUUGCGAUUUUUCUCUAGCUGAAGAAGAGAAGAACGUUAUUAUAGAAAGCUCAAACUGCCGAUUACAAGUAAUCACACAGAAGCCUUUGAUAGAAUUAUCAAUGGAAGAAAUUAAAGGAUGGCUCACAAAUUUAGGAUUAGAAUGUUAUACAUGUGAAUUGAGGCGGUGGGGCGCCACUGGGGCAAAAUUAAUUGAAUCUUCUCCUCAACAAAUCGAAAAGGAAUUAGAAAUUAAGAAUAUUCUUCACAGGAAGAAGUUAUUGUACGCGAUAGAGUCGGAAAAAUCUGAUGGAGUUGAUUUUCUUGGAUCUGAUAAGAUGGAUAAUGCUGCAGUUUUACGAUGGCUUGAUGAUAUAGGUUUACCACAACAUAAGGAGGCAUUUCAGAAUGGUAAAAUUGAUGGAAGAAUGUUACACAGAUUGACUACUGAAGAUUUAUUAAAUCUUGGAGUGAAUGCACAAUUACAUGCUGCAAGCUUAAGACGAGGCAUUCAGGUCUUGCGAGAAUUAAAUUUUGAGUUUGAUAAUCUUGAAAGAAGAUCAACAAAUGGUAAUGGAGCCGAUGGUGAUAAUAUUCAUCUUUGGACUAAUCAUCGAGUAAUGGAAUGGUUGAGAGUAGUAGAUCUAGCAGAAUAUGCUCCUAAUAUGAGAGGAUCUGGGGUACAUGGUGGUUUGAUGGUGUAUGAGGGAAGAUUUACUUCUGAAUUAUUAGCUGCAUUACUUAGUAUUUCUCCUGGAAAAACGCUUCUUCGCAGACAUUUGACCACACACUUUAAUCAAAUUCUGGGUAGAGAAGUUGUACAAAGAAAAAGAGAAAUUGAGAGUACUUUAGGAUUUGUGCCACUAACGCUUACUGCUCGCUUAAAGAUACCAAAAAAAUCUCAGUUUACAUUGAAACGUAAAAAAAGCAAAAACGAAGUGGAUUAUGGUAAUUUGGUAUGUCCGUUGGAAGCUUCACCACCAGGUACUCCAUCAACACCUGUUUCGACUCCAAGCAGUCCAAACUUGAAUUCACCCAUAUUCUAACGAGGAUCACACAUUCAUAAUAUUGUAAGUUUCAUUCUACUAUAUUUGAACAAUUCUUGUCAUUGUGGUAUAUCUUUCUUUAACGAAAUAAUUUAUUAAAUAUGCUCUUUCAUAUUAUUUUACGUGUCUUCAAAACUUUUGAUGAAAUUAUGACCAUAAAACGAAGAAAAUAAAUUCGUUAAGUUGACUAAGUAAGAUAGAAAUUCAUAGCUUUAUCUAUGUUGUGUUGCUAUUAGCAGAUUAUCAGUUUAAAGGUUGCAUUUGGAAUACAUUUUUAAGAAGAAGGGCAAUUUUCUUGUUGGAUUGUGUACAAGCAGUAACUUCUCUAAACUCUUUUAAUAUCUCUCAUAAAUUAUUAACAUUUAUACAUUUGUAAUAAUUCCUAAUACAAAAUAAUGAUAUAAUAAACGAACUUGUCAUA